AUGUCGUCCACACGCUGCAUAGACAUGGAGUCUGACAAGCAGAUUUUAGAAGCACAUGAUUGCACCUGCAAGGAUUUGCUACGUUAUGAAAUGGGGCCUGAGACUACUUUCUGUGCAUCCUAUAGGAAAGACUUUCAGAAGGAGUCUGCUCUGUCUUUUCUUUCUCUAGAGUGUUUCACAGCCAAUGGUGCCGAUUAUAGGGGAACACAGAACUGGACAGCACUGCAAGGUGGCAAGCCGUGUCUGUUCUGGAACGAGACUUUCCAGCACCCGUACAACACUCUGAAAUACCCCAAUGGGGAGGGCGGCCUGGGCGAGCAUAACUACUGCAGAAACCCGGAUGGAGAUGUGAGCCCCUGGUGCUAUGUGGCAGAGCAUGAGGACGGUGUCUACUGGAAGUACUGCGAGAUUCCUACGUGCCAGAUGCCUGGAAACCUUGGCUGCUACCAGGAUCAUGGAAAUCCACCUCCUCUAACUGGCACCAGUAAAACAUCCAACAAACUUACCAUACAAACCUGCAUCAGUUUUUGCCGGAGUCAGAGGUAUAAGUUUGCCGGCAUGGAGUCAGGCUAUGCCUGCUUCUGUGGGAACAAUCCUGAUUACUGGAAGUAUGGGGAGGCAGCCAGCACUGAGUGCAACAGCGUCUGCUUCGGGGAUCACAGCCAGCCCUGUGGUGGUGACGGCAGGAUCAUCCUCUUUGACACUCUGGUUGGCGCCUGCGGUGGGAACUAUUCAGCCAUGACAUCCGUGGUCUAUUCCCCGGAUUUUCCCGACACUUACGCCACAGGACGAGUCUGCUACUGGACCAUUCGGGUUCCGGGAGCCUCCCACAUCCACUUCAACUUCACCUUAUUUGACAUCAGGGAUUCUGCAGACAUGGUAGAGCUGCUGGAUGGCUACACCCACCACGUCCUGGUCCGUUUCAAUGGAAGGAACCGCCCACCUUCAUCCUUUAAUGUCUCUCUGGAUUUUGUCAUUUUAUAUUUCUUCUCCGAUCGCAUCAAUCAGGCCCAGGGAUUUGCUGUCUUAUACCAAGCUGUCAAGGAAGAACUGCCACAGGAGAGACCCACUGUCACCCAGACGCUGGCCCAGGUGAUCACCGAGCAGGCCAACCUCAGCGUCAGUGCUGCACGCUCCUCCAAAGUCCUCUACGUCAUCACCACCAGCCCCAGCCACCCGCCGCAGACCGUCCCAGGAUGGACAGUGUACGGCCUGGCGACCCUCCUCAUCCUCACGGUCACAGCCAUUGUUGCAAAGAUACUUCUGCAUGUCACGUUCAAAUCCCACCGUGUUCCUGCUUCAGGGGACCUCAGGGAUUGCCACCAACCAGGGACUUCAGGGGAAAUCUGGAGCAUAUUUUAUAAACCUUCUACUUCAAUUUCCAUCUUUAAGAAGAAGCUCAAGGGUCAGAGUCAACAAGAUGACCGCAAUCCCCUUGUGAGUGACUAAAACCGCACUUCCCAGAACUCGAGGUCCCUCUUGGGGCUCAAGGUUGUCGGGGUC